CUGCGCGGGCUGGUUUGUGUUUCUUCCUCCUCGAAAUACGGCCGAAUUUAGGCAGCCUGCUUCGGUACCGAUUCUCCUGACGCCACGGUUUGAGAGGGGAGGCUUUGGGCUUCACGUGCGUGUGUCGCUUCGGCGUGGAUUCUUCCAGCCUUCAACUUUUUUUCCACGAAAAUCCGUUCAAACCGGCAAGAGCCGUGAUGUAUUUUGCGGAAUUCAGGUGAAAUUCGCCCAAACCCACGAAACCGAGCCGGGAAACACCGAAUGCACCUGAAAGCCCAAUCAACCUUCCAGAGGACACGGUCAUGUAGAGUUCAAGUCAAGAGCUGUGUGAGAUGUCCGCCUGGCGUCAUCAAUCUGACCAAACACAAAAUGCAGAUGCUGUAGAUGUUACACCCACGUGCCGCCAUGCAGCCCGGGUCAUCUGAAGCUGGCCUGACGGCACAGCCCGUGGCCAUCCUGCGGAUACACUGCCGGACGUUACUCGCCUGCGCGUGAGGGGGUCUCACUCCCACCGGGGAGGCGUGCCGCACGGACCGAAGGAUGUGCAUGUUUGUGGGUGCGCGUAUGUGUCCCUGCGUGUGAUUUUUCCGUAUGUGCUUAUUUUUGUGGAUGAGUGUGCACCAGGGCCCGGUAUAUGGAUAGAAGCUCUCUGUUUCAGCUCAUACAAGAGCAGCUGGACCCAGAGCAGACUGGUUUUAUAGCUGUGGAAAAUUUCACCAGUCUAGCUGAGCAUCAUGAGUUACAGUUGGACCCCAGCAAACUGGAGAUGCUGCUCGCGCUGGUCCAGAGCAACGAACACGGACAUGUCUGCUAUCAGGAACUCAUCGAGCUGCUGAACAGUAAACGUUCAAGUAGUUUUCGCCGAGCCAUCGCAAAUGGGCGUCGCACGCUGCAGCGAGAGAUCCUAUUGGACGAGACGGGGCUGGGUGUGUACAAGCGCUUUGUGCGCUACGUGGCUUAUGAGAUUCUGCCAUGCGAGACGGACCGCCGAUGGUACUUCCAUCAGAACAGACUGUGCCCUCCACCCGUGUUCAUGGCUAUCAUCACUAUUGUACAGAUCAUCGUGUUCAUGUGUUAUGGCGUGAUGUUAAAUAAAUGGGUGUUGCAAACGUACCAGCCGGAUUUCAUGAAGAGCCCGCUGGUGUAUCACCCCGGGCACCGGGCACAGAUCUGGAGGUUCUUCAGCUAUAUGUUCAUGCACGUUGGGUUAGAGCAGUUGGGCUUUAAUGCUCUUCUCCAGCUGAUGAUUGGAGUUCCACUAGAGAUGGUUCAUGGGAUCUUGAGAAUCAGUCUGUUGUACAUGGCAGGAGUCGUUGCUGGGUCAUUGACAGUGUCCAUCACGGAUAUGCGGGCUCCGGUGGUGGGCGGGUCCGGAGGGGUCUACGCUCUCUGCUCGGCACAUCUCGCUAACGUUGUCAUGAACUGGGCAGGUAUGAAGUGUCCAUACAAGUUGCUGCGGAUGAUUCUUGCGCUAGUUUGCAUGAGUUCUGAAGUGGGCCGCGCCGUAUGGUUACGCUUCUCGCCGCCCCUCCCCUCGUCCGGGCCACAGCCCAGUUUCAUGGCUCAUCUGUCGGGUGCCGUGGUGGGAAUCAGCAUGGGUCUGCUCAUCCUGCGCAGCUACGAGGAAUCCCUGCAUAAACAGUGUUCCUGGUGGGUUCUCAUCUUCUCCUUCAUCACCUUCCUCCUAUUCGCCAUCUUCUGGAACAUUUUCGCUUACGAGCUGCUCGGGGUACAAAUCCCGCCCCCUCCCUGAUGACACGCCUCGGUGGCUGUGAAAAGCCACGCCCCCAGACUCUCGGUAACGGUCUGAUGCAGGUUGUACUCCACUCGACCAGCAGUGGACAAACGGACGGGAGGAUUUUGAAACGUUGUGAAAUGAAAAGCAUAUUCACAUUCCAUACAGUGGACAUAUCUGGUGUGGUAUUUUUAAUGAACACUUAACGGCAGCUCGAGGGUUCGGCGAGCGCAUUUUAACGGACCGUCUGCAUAUCUUGCAACGAAAACAUGCACACGCAAAUGCAUACAUCAAAUUUGUUUUCUUUUCUGUGUGUGAAUACAGCCCGAGGCUUGUUCACGAUGCCUUUCUGAAUAAUUCGCCUCAUCCAAGCCUGUUAACAGAGAAAACAGCGUCAUCUGAACCAGGAAUGUGUCUGACAAAAACAAAGCCUUAAGGUCUUUGCACAUACAGUCCGACAUUUUCGUAUGCGUUUUUUCGUAUUUGUCUCUCGUUUUUUGUACGGUGUCUCUGAAUUGUUGUAAAAGGCCACCCAAAACGCUUGAAACGGAUGCGAAAACGCAGAAAAUCGAACCCGGUCCGAAUUUUUUAAUGAAGGACGAAAAUAUCGGAGGCAGUGUGUAAAUGUGAUUGACACAACGUGAGGUCGUAUUUAUUUGUUAACGUGCGGAAAUUUCGGAGGCAAAUUUCGGACUCAAUGUGCAAUGGGCUUUAUGCUUGAUGAUACAGCAAAGUGUUUGCAGGGGAAAGAGGGGUUGAUGUCAUCUCUUAGUGUUUGUUGUUGCUUUAUUACAGAUCGUAUAAAUAGCGUCUUUUCAGGUUUAAAACAAUCUUGAAACUACGGGAUCUAAAAUGAUCUUGGUCUUAGAUUUGGAACAAUUUCUUUGCCUUAUUUUGCUAUUGCCGGGAGGACAUAAACACAAUUUGUGUUCCAAUACUCAAUGAGCUGGGGUGUCACAAUAACCGUGAUGGAUAUUGGGUUAAUUCUGAUCAUAUAAAUAAUCCAGCGACAGGAUCAUGUUGACAUUUUUUUAUGCACCUGUGUGAAAAACGCCUUAUGAGCCGCAAUGGUUACAAACUCUCUUUUCCUCCCUACACUCCAGUGUGGCCAUAAAAAGAGAAACAAAAUAAAAAAUAAUUAGACUCAUAGCAUCUAUUUUUAAUAAUUUCAUCACGAGAAUGUCAUUGUGAAUUCUUUUGGCCAUGAUAAUGGUGUAGUGGAAAUCGGAUAUUGUGACAGCCCUACCCGCAGGCAUCCUCCAGGUGCGAAGGAUCUUCUAUCUUAUUUUGGGCAAAUUUUACAAUAGCAUCUACAGCCGUGUAGUUUAAAUGCACUGCAAAGAUAAAGAUCCAUCCGAGAUGGCGUGAGCCGUCUUUGAAUAGAGUGAAUAAUUUAUCAUGACCUCUGCAAAUUAUUCUGAUAUACACAUGUGGGAAAGGGUUUAAAAGUACGGAGAGACAGAUUUACAGGCAAUAUGUCUGUGCUGUACAGUAAUUAUUACUUCAGUCAUUGCUGUGCAGAAAACGGUUGUUAUGGUAAUAGCAACAAGAUGCUUUUGACAUAGAAACAGAAUGUCACGACCAACAUUGAGGGUUCGGCAAACCCAGACGUCUAGAUUUUGUAGCCAGCGGAGCAGAUAGUGAUUGUGACUGGAUUUUAUAUGAAUAUUUACUUUACGAUAAAACCGUCACCUAUUGAUAAGACUGCAAAACGCCAGAGAACAUUUAUUUUCCAACUUUUAGACAAAGCAAAUAAUCCCACAAUUCUGUAUUGCCAAAUUAUCAUUUGCCAACCUGCUAAAAGGUUAAUACAAGGGAAUUGCUGAAGGUUAAGAUUACCGUCUUAUCGCGUUUAGUUGAUUUCUUUUCAUUUUUGAAAAGCACGACUGUGUGUUUGGUUGAUAUCUCUGAUGUUGUGUAUUUUUUAUGCCAUAGGUCUAUAUUUAUAUUUCUUCAGAGUGGUUGUCCUUGUGGGAUCAUACCGUUUGUGAAGGUUGUCUUAAACCGAGGGCCGCGAUGAUGCAAAGCC